CUCAUGGGGUUUUCCCUGUGUCAGUUCCAUGGAUCUUUAGCAGGUUCUGAUGAAAACAUUGAGCUGAUGGGGAGGGCACUCCUGCAGAACAAUGACUAGUAUCCCCUGUGGUCAGCCUGCUGUUCUGAAACAUGGAUCAUGCAGGAUUAUUGGAAGGACAGUCUACUACACCUGUAAUUGUGGAUUUUCUAUUAUUGGCAAAGCAAGAUCAAUCUGCAUGCUAAACGGCCGCUGGCAGUUUCCAGCACCCUACUGUGUUGCUGUGUAUAUUGGACCAAGAGGUCCCAAGGGCACACAAGGACCCGAUGGAAUGCAUGGUGCUAAAGGUGAUAAUGGACAACCUGGACAACCUGGCCAGAGAGGUCACAAUGGAAUACCAGGAACGUCAGCUGACCAAUCCUGCACCAGGCAUCCUUGAAAUUCAUUGGUGGAUGAAUGACUGGAAUGGUCCUCCUUGAGCC